AUGGCUUCAUCGGCACCGAAGCCUCAGCUUGACACGUCCGCCCUGGCCGAAAUGUACAGCGUCAUGAAUCGCCAAGGCAGCUAUCAAAAUGCCAGCGGCCUCAAACUCGUUGAGAUGCUCGACAUCCACAAGGGCCAGACCGUCGUAGAUCUUGGUUGCGGAACUGGAGAGCUGACUCGUCACAUCACUACUAUUGUCGGAGAGUACGGCCGUGUAGUUGGGAUCGACCCUUCGGCAGACCGUAUCGAGAAGGCGAGAAGCCUCUCGCACGCUGAUACGGAGGGUCCGUCGAGCCAGGCUACCGCGACCCCUGUCGUAUAUUUGGUGGGUGCGGCGGAAGAUGCUGAGACAGUGCUUCUGGAAGGUGAACAUGCGCAGAAUAUUGAUGGGGAAUUCCGCGCUGAUGUAGUGAUCAUGAACUCGGUGUUUCACUGGAUCGAGAACAAGAGCAAAGCCUUGAAGGGAGUGUUCAAUAUUCUCGCCGAAGACGGAAAACUGGGCAUCAGCGGUGGUUUGAGCGAUCUCUGGAGCCCCAUGGAUAUCCGGAAAGCAGUCUUGUCUCGAUCGCCGUUCUCUGAGCAUCCGAUUGAGGGUCUGGCGCACUAUGUGAGCUCUGCUGAGAUGGUGGAGCUUUUGGAAUCAACGGGAUUUCGGGGACAUCACCGAGAGUUCGUCGAGCGUGAGAGAACGUUUGAGAGCGUGGAGGCUUUUGUGAAGUUCUGCGAGGCUAGCACGAGUGGCCAAUUUCUUCACGUGGACUACCUUCCGGAGGAGCUCAGGAUGAGAGCUCGCGAGGCCAUCAGGAAGGAGUGUGAGUCUUUGAGGCAAGGUGAUGGACCAGAGGUCGUGAUCAAGGCCACUUUAGCAAUUUGGGUUGCUUCUGAAGAAUAG